GCAACGGUUUCAUUUUCACUUUUGAAAAACAAAACACACUCUUCUUCACCGCCGUCAUGGAGAAGCGCCUCCGCUCCUCACUCCAAUCCUCCGCCGAAGACUUCCUCACCUCCGCCGCCAAUCUCACCCUCAAAUCCUCAAAGCCCUCUCUCAAAUCCCUACUCCACAAGAUCAAACCCUCCUCCCACCUCUCCUCCUCUCUCCCCACCUCCCUCUCCCUCUCCAUCUCCCACUCCCUCCAAUCCUUCCUCCAACCCAACCCCAACCCUAACCCUAACCCUAAAUCCCCUUGCUCUCCCCCCACCAAGCGCCCCCGCCGCUCCUCCAAGACCCGGCCCGAACCCGAACCCGAACCGGACCAUAACCCCGAAAAUGAGAAGACUCUGCUCCUCAGAAAGCUCCAGAUUCUCGCCUGCGUCGCGGAGCUAUGCGCUUCGCAUCCGGCGAAGGCGUUCGCGCCGGCGGAUUUGUUCCCCGGAGUUCAGUUGCUCCACGACAAUCUGAUCAUUCUGGAGUCGGAUUCGACGCUGGUCUCAUCGAUUGUGAAUCUCUGCGAGCUUUGGUGGAAGGAGGAGCUCCCCGGCCGGGAGUCGCUGAUAUCUCAGUCGCUGCCGUUCUUGCUCUCCAGAUCUUUGACUCUGAACAAGAAGGCCGACGUCCACAGAGUCUACGCCCUCCGGGAGGCCUUCACCUGCUUCGAUUUCGAAGACGAAAGCAUUGAGGACCUGAAGCUGUUGCUGAUCCGCUGCGUCAUUUCGCCGCUGUAUUUGAAGGCGGAGGAGGGGAGGAAGUUCCUGGCGUUCCUGUUCGGGCUGAGCUCGCAGCUGUUGAAGGAGGUUUUGGCUGUGAUCAAGUCGCAGAUUCCGUUUGGGAGGAAAUCGAUGCUGGAGGCCUACGGGGACGUUGUGUUUCGGGGUUGGAAGGCCGCCGAGGGGGAGCUGAGGAGUGAGAUUGAGAGUGGUUUCGUGCAGGUUUUGAUUGAGGGAGCUGUACAUGCUGGCUCCAGCGCGUUUGCUGCUUCUGUUAGGAGGGUUUUGGGAGGGUUUAUCAACCAGAGGACCACUGCCGGCGUCGAGAAGCUUCUCUUCCAGCUAUCCGAGCCUGUUGUAUUCCGGUCUCUGCAGGUUGCGAAUUCUCAUGUUCGUCAUAAUGCGCUGCAUUUACUUUUGGAUUUGUUCCCUCUUGAAGAUCCUGAUUCGACUAAAGAGGUCAAGGAUUCAUUGCUUGAUAAGCAGUUCUUUUUAUUGAUGAAGUUACUUGUGGAUGAUUGUCCAGAGGUGAGAGUGGUUGCGGUGGAAGGUUCGUGUCGAAUUCUUCAUCUGUUUUGGGAAGUAAUCCCUUCACCUACUAUUUCAAAGUUGGUUGCUAAAAUUUUCGAUGAUAUGUCACGUGAUACGAGUUAUGAGGUUAGGCUUUCCACACUGAAUGGCACGAUGUAUUUGUUUGGGAAUCCCCUAUGUCAUCAAUAUCUCAGUGUGCUUCUACCAAGACUGGGGCAUUUGAUGAUGGAUAAUGUGUUAUCGGUUAGACUUGCCAUGGCAGAUCUCCUCCUCCUUAUAAGGGAUAUUCAAAACUUCCAGUUCCAUAAGGUAGUGAAGUUAGAUGUACUAUUAUCUGCCCUUGAAAAUGAUCAACCUCAAGUUGCUCAGAAAAUUACAAGAUUGCUUAUGCCAUCAUACUUUCCUUUGAAAGAAACUGUUCAGACAGCAUGCAAUCGUUGUACUACACUUAUAAGAAGGUCUCCAAUGGCUGGAGCAAGGUUUUGUGAAUUUGCUGCGUCCCAAGGGGCAUCUCUUAAGUCUCUGAUGGAACUUGUUAGGGUAAUGAUUACUUUGGUCUUGCCGCCUACUAAUCUCAUUAAUCUGGAUGAAGAGCAAAUUGAGGGUUUACUUCGUUCUUCUUCCAACCUUUGCAAUACCCUAGUUCAUGAGCCUGUUUUCAAGAAGGCGCUCAAAGAAUUUUUGGAUUGUGAAAAGUUGAAAAGCUUGAUUGCUGCCGCACCUACUGGGCCUGCUCAGUCUUGUGUAUUCAACAUUGUAUCAACUGUCUCUCCUGAUGAUGUAGCUGGACUUCUUGAUGAAUGCAUGCACCUGGUCACAAAUUGUAGUGGUUUAUCCAAAAAUGUGGAGAAGCAAGCUGAAGUGAGGUCUGCUCACAGUAUGUUGCUAUCUUGUGAUGCUAUCGAUGGUAUGCUGGAAGCUCUAACAGCACUUCUACAGAAAGCAGCCUAUCGUUGCCAUAUUAAAUAUGACAGUGAGAUACCAAACCUGAGUGUUUUCUCUGUGAAAAGAAAGAAAUCUAAGUCUACUGGCAAAAUUUCAGUACAACGGAAAAAAUGUGGUGGAAAAAAUGUUGCCAGUUUUGAGGAGGAUUAUUCAGUUGCAGCAGGAAUAGCUUGGCAAAUCAGGGACUUGCUUGUCACUGUCAAUACUCGGAAGGCUAUAUUGGGAUCUCAAACUCUAGAAUCCUUACUUAUAUGUUUAAAGGUCAUUUCCGAGGUCAGCAUUAUUCAGUGCAUGCAUUAUGAAUGCAUGGAACCAUAUCCCGUGUCAGCAUAUACAGCCCUUGUGCUGCAUUUAUCUGUUCAACAUGUAUCUUCCAAUAAAAAUGAUAGCACUGAUUUCGCUGGGUCUACUUUGGAGCAGACCGAGUUGGAACAGGCAUUGGAUCAUGUGCUUAAUUGUACAGAGAAGCUAUGUCGAGCAGGCGAUUCUGGACAGUCCAGCGAGGUUCAUUCAGAAUCUAAUGCUCGCAAUAAGUCUGCUGGUCAUCGUGAAAAAAGGCACCGAGAAGCUCAAACACAUGCCUCCAUUCCAAGUGAUAGUGAAAAUUUUGCAGGAAAUGUAUAUACUGAACUGAAGAAGUUGGCCAACAAGGUGAAGAUGAUUACUGCUGUCCAAAGGUUCAUGGUAGAUGCUGCUGCUAUUGGUUUUGCUCCUCAAAUUCAGGAGAGGUGCUUAAGGUCCACGUCAGGUUAUAUACGAUGUUUCAUAUCUACUUUGGAGCAACAAUCUCGCGAGCAAAUUGAUUUUGAGGAGGAAGAUUUGAAGGAUGUAGUUCUGUGUUUGAAACACUUCUUUACCUAUGCAGCAAAGUUACUUAAUCUAGCUCUUAAAGAUGCUACUGAAGCUUCACCUCCAUCAGCAGAAGCCUCUGAUCUUGCCAAUGAUAUGCUUGAUUUAAUCAUCUCGAUUGAAUUACACUUGGGCUCAACCUAUGCUGGGCAAUUAGUGACAGCAGUAAAGCCUUGGGUUCCUGACUUGAUUUUGGCACUAGGAUCUUCUCACAUUAUGAAACAGAUUACGGGAGAAGAGACACAAAUGAGUCCAGCUGAUCGCAUCAGAGUCCACUUUCCAUCAUGGCUCUUAAUCUUAGCCAAGACUGAGCUCUCUGAUGAUUGUGAAGUCUGCCCAGAAGAUGAUGGAGAAUCUGAACCCGAAGAGUUUCCUGCAUUGAAGAAACUUCUUACAUUGAUUGCCACAUUGUUGAAAGCAAAUCCCAGCAUGCAGAGUGUGUUUGGGGCAAUUUUCAUGAAUGGCACUGUAGUUGGCCUGGAGAAGAAAAAUUUUGGGCUGGUUUUAGGACUUCUACGCUUUGUAUGCCUAAAGAUAUUCAAGCAUGAUCAUAGAGAAUGGGGUGAUUUGGUGCUGGCAUUUCUGCAAGAUAUUUACCCUCAGAUUGAGAGAGAAAUCGAAGAAGAGUGUGAUGAAGAUGGGAAGGAAAAGCUAGAGAAAGCCAAGGAACUGUUGGAACCUAUUUGGUUGUAUCAUCUGCAUGAAACUGGAAGGGUCUCUAUGAUGGACGAGUAGAUGGAGAACAUGAGCCUCACAUGUAAAAAAAGGGACCAAAUAUGUGAAUAUGAUAUCCUCUGCAUUCCUAGCUUUUUAUGUAUAUGGUAUGGAUAUAAACAAAUCUCUAUCUAAAUUAAAUCUUGAUGA